AUGGAGGCAACGGACGAUCAUAUCGAUAUCCUACCGAAACAGGUCCGACUGGUCCCUCCCAUGACCACAGAACCGGUUCAAACUCCCGUCACAAGGUCUCCGGCGUCCCACAUGGAGUUCUUCUCUAUCCCCGACGUCCGGUCGUGUGGUGGCGUACAGCGACUCGCGAGCAACAGCAUCGGCAGCAUGAGUGAUCACUUCCCGACUGAACGCUGCCCAAACGGUGGCUUCGCUUUCAGCCACAAUAAGAGCAACGACGACUGGGCUCUUCGACCUCCACAAUGA